AGUGUAGUGGGCAUACUGCAAUCAAUAUUUUGUUUUGUGAGAUAUCAGUCCAUUCCAUACCCGGUCGGUCGGUUCAUUUUUCGUUUCGCAGAUGCCAAAUAUGGCGGAUUCAGAUACUAAGUAAGUUGUGGAUUCCUUGGUGUUGUGAAGAGUGAAGUUGUGAAGUUUGUGGAGGAGGGGAGGAAGAGAGGAGGAGAGGAGGGGGGAAGAGGAGAAUAUCUGCAGCUAAAAAACUAACAUGCAAAAAUUAGAAAAGAUGUAGCGCGCACGAAUGAGCGGGGGAUCCCAUAUGCGCCGUUUGUGGAUCGUGUGGAGGAUUAUGUUACGGUGAGGGCGGAUGUUGAACCUACGUUGAAGAGGUUUCAGGAGAUGAUUUCGUAGGUUUUUGGUUUAUCUUUUCUUCUCUUUUGGGGAGGGAUUGGGGGUCUGAGGGGUAGGUUUGAGGGAUGAGGGGUGGGUUGAGGGUUGAGGGUUGGGGUUGGAUGAUGAAGAGCAUUAAUUGACCAUUGGCUUACUUUUGGAACUUCUUUAGGAAAUAUCAGUUCAUGGAGGUUAAUCAACAAAAGAGAAUUGCGGGGUUGAAAAUCAAUAUACCGGAUAUUCAGAAGACGCUUGAUACAGUGAGGUUUUUAAAGACGAGAAAGGUAUGUUGGAUUCUGGGAGGAGGAGGGUAGAGGGCAGGAUGAAAGAUUGAGAUUGAAGCUGACUUCUAUACUAGGAGGGUUCGGAUCCAAUACAGGCUACGUUUGAGUUGAAUGAUACUUUAUAUGCCAAAGCCAAUAUUCCAGCUACCGAUGAGGUAUAUUUAUGGUUAGGGGUAUGUUUAAGUUCUGGGAUGAAUCCUCUGGUACUGAGUUAACAAAGAUGGAUUAGGCCAAUGUUAUGUUAUCAUAUCCUAUCGAUGAGGCAGAAGAAUUACUUUCAAAACGACUCGCAGCAGCAAAACAAAGUUACUCAAAUUGUGAAGAGGAUCUUGAUUUCUUGAGAGAACAAAUUACGGUACGUUCGAGUCACCUAUGAACCAUAAAUGGGAAGAAGUGCAGAGAUUAGAUUAAGCUGACGAAACUCUCAAUAGACUAUGGAGGUUGCUACAGCUAGGGUAUACAAUUGGGAUGUUACGAUGAAACGAAAAGAAAAGAUUGAACAAGAGGCUACGGAUGAAAAGGAAGGAAAGAGUGGUAGUCCUAAUGGAUGAUAUAUAGGAGAUUUGAGAGAGAAAUAAAUGAAAAUAAAAAGUCUUAGGGAUAUUAACGGAAUCUCUCUUUUGAUAUGUCACGAUUUACGAUUAAGAUAAGGAUAUAUUGAGGGGCAAUAGUCAACGUGUCCAUAUAAGCUUAGACCUUAUCGGAAAGCAA